AUGUUUAAACUUAAAAGAGAAGAUCAUAGUGAGAACCAUGGUAGCUUGGAMAAUGUUGAUCACAAUAUAAAUGAGCCUUCCUCAGUUGAAGCUGUURUUACWAGUGAAGAACAUGAUAUUAAUGACUCCGKARUGUUAGAAAUACCAGGGUCAGAUCCAGCUGAAUGGAAAAUAAAUUCAUGUUCUAUUGAUUACAUAUGUCAAAAUGGAUUUAGCCAAAAUUUAGAUYCUAGUUUUAGUCAAUCUAAACGAAUAUACCAGUCAGUUCUUAGAGGUUCAUUCAGAAAUAUCAACCUCUAUGUAAAUAAAAGUUUUUUUGAAACAUUUUUAGUCAAUGGUAAGAAAUGUCCAAGAAAAUAUCUAGUUUAUUCACAAUCUAAGGGUUCAGUUUUUUGUGUUCCUUGCUAUUUAUUUAAUAAUACUUCWGCAUUUUCAAAAAAUGGUUUCUYGGAUUGGAAAAGGCCAAAAUCAAUAGACAAACAUGAAAAUUCACUUUCACAUAAAACAUGUGUGGUAAAAAUGAAAAAUAGAUCUUCUGAAUUGAACAAUGUUAAUGAAGUGCUURCAUUUCAAUUAAAAACAGAAAAAAUAUAUUGGAAAAAUGUGCUCACAAGAGUUUGUGCUGUUGUCAAAUCGCUAUCUAGUCGAGGUUUACCUUUUAGAGGUGACAAUGAGAAUAUUGGUUCGCUGCACAAUGGUAAUUUUUUGAUGUGUCUUGAAAUGAUCGCAGAAUUUGAUCCUUUUUUGGCUAAUCAUUUGUCGAACUAUGGUAAUCCUGGGAAAGGUUAUACUUCUUACUUGUCUCAUUCAACAUAURAACAAUUUAUCAAGUUAAUGGCGACUAAGGUUCAAAAUCAAAUAGUUAAAGAAGUCAUUAAUGYRCAAUAUUUCUCCAUUGUUAUAGAUUCAACUCCAGAUAUUGCACAUGUUGAUCAACUAUCUUUUAUACUAAGGUAUGUAAACAACAAAGGUUUACCUGUAGAAAGAUUUUUAUGUUUUUUAGGAAAUGUUGGACAUAAAUCUCAGUGCAUGGCUGAUACUGUGUUUUCUAUCUUAAAAAAAUAUAAUAUUGAUAUUKCAUAUUUGAGGGGUCAAUCAKACGAUAAUGCAAAGAAUAUGUCUGGUAUUUACUCGGGUCUCCAGGCUAGAAUUAAAGAAGUUUCCCCAUUGGCUGACUUUGUACCAUGUUCAGCACAUUCCCUCAAUUUAGUAGGGUCAUGUGCAGCAAGUUGCUGUAAGGAAGCUAAUAUAUUUUUUAAUUUUAUUCAAAGUAUUUAUACAUUUUUUUCCUCAUCUACUCAUCGUUGGAACUUACUUAAAGUAAAAUCCACAUURAAAAAUCUUUCCAAAACAAGAUGGUCCGCUCGGGAAGAAGCAUGUAAAGUUCUAAACCAAAAUUGGGAUAGUGUUAAACAAAGUUUAUGCGACAUAUCAGAAAAUAUAAAUGAAAAAUCUAUCACUCAAAAUGAAGCUCGUGGUUUACUUAGAUUAAUGAACCGUUUUGAAGUUAMAUUUAUGUCACUAUUUUGGGGUGAUUUAGUUCAACGUUUUAAUGUGGUUAGUAAAUAUCUACAAUCUGUCAAUAUUGAUGUAUGUACAGUGUGUGAUCAAUAUAUCUAA